CUGAUGAGACAGGAGAGUACUACAUGCUUCAGGAGCAAGUCAGUGAAUACUUGGGUGUGACCUCCUUCAAGCGGAAGUACCCAGAGCUGAGGACCGAACCCAGGGCCUUGCGCUUGUUAGGCAAGCGCUCUACCACUGAGCUAAAUCCCCAACCCCUGUUUUAUGUACUUUUAAAGCACCUAUCACUGCUGAAUUUAAUGUGCUCAGCAUCUCAUUCUACAAUUUGUAUAUUCUUAUGUGUCUCCAUUUAAUUCAAAGGCAGAAUAGGAAAGAGCGACGAGAUUUGUCUCAUAAGGAGAAACUCUACCUGCGAGAGUUAAACGUCAUCACAGAAACUCAGUGCACACUAGGCUUAACAGCAUUGCGCAGUGAUGAAGUGAUUGAUUUAAUGAUAAAAGAAUAUCCAGCUAAGCAUGCUGAAUAUUCUGUCAUUCUACAAGAGAAAGAGCGUCAGCGAAUUACAGAUCAUUAUAAGGAGUAUUCUCAAAUGCAACAGCAGAAUACUCAGAAAGUUGAAGCCAGCAAAGUACCCGAGUAUAUUAAGAAAGCAGCCAAAAAAGCAGCCGAAUUUAACAGCAACUUAAAUCGGGAACGCAUGGAGGACAGAAGAGCUUAUUUUGACUUACAGACACAUGUUAUCCAGGUACCUCAAGGAAAGUAUAAAGUGUUGCCAACUGAUCGAACGAAGGUCAGCUCUUACCCAGUGGCGCUCAUCCCCGGACAGUUCCAGGAGUAUUAUAAGAGGUACUCGCCAGAUGAGCUUCGGUACCUGCCAUUAAACACAGCCCUGUACGAGCCUCCUCUGGAUCCAGAGCUCCCGGCACUAGACAGUGACGGUGAUUCAGAUGAUGGUGAAGAUGGUCGAGGGGACGAGAAGCGGAAAAAUAAAGGCACUUCGGAUAGCUCCUCAGGUAAUGUCUCUGAAGGAGACAGCCCCCCUGACAGCCAGGAGGACCCCUUCCAGGGAAGACAGAAAUCAAAAGACAGAGUGACCACGCCAAGAAAAGACGGCUGCAAACGUUCUGUACUGUCCAAAUCAGUACCUGGGUACAAGCCAAAGGUCAUUCCAAAUGCUCUAUGUGGAAUUUGUCUGAAGGGUAAGGAGUCCAACAAGAAAGGAAAGGCUGAAUCACUUAUACACUGCUCCCAGUGUGAUAACAGUGGCCACCCUUCUUGCUUGGAUAUGACCAUGGAGCUUGUUUCUAUGAUUAAAACCUACCCAUGGCAGUGUAUGGAGUGUAAAACAUGCAUUGUAUGUGGACAGCCCCACCAUGAAGAAGAAAUGAUGUUCUGUGAUGUGUGUGACAGAGGUUAUCAUACUUUUUGUGUGGGCCUUGGUGCUAUUCCAUCAGGUCGCUGGAUUUGUGACUGUUGUCAGCGAGCUCCCCCCACACCCAGGAAAGUGGGCAGAAGGGGGAAAAACAGCAAAGAGGGAUAAGAUAGUUUUUGACCCUAAUGUUUGGGAUAUUUGGUGCCAAUUUAUUUACAUUUUCAUUUUUAUGCCAAUAAAAACCUUUUUUUUGGAAUUAAGUAUGACCUUAAACAUCUGCAAGUUGAUUUAUUUCAUUAUCAGCAACUCCUACCCUGAAAUUAAGUCCAGAGAAAUGGCUCAUUUCCCCAGUUUUUGUUUUCUUUUUUAAAAAAAUUAUCUUAGUGUUGUCUUUUUCCAAGGAUUCAGCAGAAAUAUGUAGCAACUUAAGUAUUUCUUCCUUUUUGAGCCUGACCAGCUACUGCUAGUGCCAGGCUACCCCCACCUGUGGUAGUAGUUCCUGGCCUACUUUAUUUAUCAGUUACUUCUUAACCAGAGUUCUGAUUAGCCCCCAGGGCAAAUGGUGUAAGGUCUGGUACAGCUGGAUUUGGAAUCGUCAGCUGGCACAGCAACAGUUUGCAAAUACCUGCCUGUCAGGAAGGCCGAGGCUUGGGAAAAGUUAGGGUGCUAUGGCAUCUCCUCCUUGGUUUUGGUGCCUCUUUAAAACUUGACAGCUGAACUUCAUUUACAAUGUCUACAGCAUUUCUAAAGUUCUCAGCCUUUUAAUCUGAUCUGGAA